GAAGUGAAGUGCUCUCUUCACAGUGAGAAGAUCUCCACACCACAAAGCGAACUCUUGACCACCGACACCAAGAUGCCAGCAAUAGAAUAUAAUUGUGGCACCAGUAAUGUUGUGGACAUGAUUUGCAGGCUGAAUCCAGAUCUGUUAGCUGAACCAUGCCAGCACAUUCUGAGUUAUCUCCAAGGGCAGACCAAAGGAGUUGAUUCAGCUGUCAUUUUUGACGUAUUUCAGAGAGCGGGAGUCACACUCGAACACAAAUCUCUGCAGAGCAUCACCAGAUUCCUCUUGUUAACUUUCAGGUCCGCUGGGAAGAGCAAACAGUCUGCAGAUGACUUGGUGUCAAGGCUGGAAGAAAGCAGCAACAAAUGGUCCAAAGCGUCGCUGCAGGUGCUUCACAGCUUAUGGAGCCAGCACGGAGAAUGGGUGCAGGUCCAGCAGGCCGUGCAGGACAUGCUCAGCGUGGGCCAGCUGGUGGACAUGCAGUGGAAGCUGGGCCUGGCGGUCAGUUCUGACACCUGCCGCUCUCUCAACUCGCCCUUUGUGACCAUCCUGUUGAAGAUCGCCGAGCCUUCGGGCCAGAUCAAUCAAAAGGCUUUCGAGAUGACCGUACCGCAAUUUCAGAACCUUCACAAGCAGAUGAAGGAGGUUGCUGCUGUCAUGGAGACUGUAUGA